UUGUAUUUGUGUGCACGAGUUCUUGUUUGUGUUAUUUUCUAAGUAAAAGUGAAUGAGUUUUACCGCCAGAAUGCCACCCAAUCAUCAAUUUAUGCUGAAUUCUUUACCAAUGGAACCCGUCUCGCGUACUUAUCAAUAUCGCAAGAUUAUGAAGCCCAUGUUAGAGCGCAAAAGACGUGCUCGGAUUAACAAGUGUUUGGAUGAGUUAAAGGAUUUAAUGACCGGCACCUUACAAGCGGACGGUGAAAAUGUCUCCAAACUCGAAAAGGCUGAUAUACUUGAACUAACCGUGCGACACCUGCAACGUUUGAGAGAGAAAAAUGCCCUUUUCGUGCGUCAUAACGAAACCCUAAAUAUGGAGAAAUUUUGGUCAGGAUUUCAGCACUGUGCAGCCGAAGUAGCACAAUUCCUGAAUAAAUAUGAUCAGCAUAUCAGUGGUGAAUUAAUACAACAUAUAACAAGCUAUGUGCCAAAUAUUAGAGCAACAUCAGCCACAACAACAGCAGCAACCUCAGCACCAGUAAGCAGUAGAUUAGCCAAUACAUUUACAGCUCCCCGAGCGGUAAUAAGCCGAGAAUUGACAGCAUACAACCAAAGAAUAUAUAAUAAAAUGCCAGUGGGAGGAAUGAUGCCCAUAAACUCUAACAGUUUGCCCAGCAAUGAAGAACGAAUGCAAUACGAAAUGGCUGGGGCCUUGAAAAAAGAGUUCGUAGAGGAAGGUAAUAAUGUAUGGAGACCCUGGUAAA